GAACCCACUUACACACAUAUGUCAACGGGGAAAAAACCGGAUCGAGUAGCGAACCGUAGCGAGUUCAUUUCCUGAAGAAAUUUUCCCAUUUUUCGUCAUUGCGGUUGAAUUCAAGCUGAAACUGAACCUCUCCUCUGAUAGAGCCUUUAUCUUCCUGUUCAAGGUUUCAAUUCUACUCUGUGUUAGUGAAUUUCCUUUGUUUGGAUCCAAUAAGAUUGGACGUGAAAGAUGGGAGCGGCAGAGAAGAGUUUUGAUAUGGAGGAGGGAACUCUAGAGAUUGGAAUGGAGUAUAGAACUGUCUCUGGUGUUGCCGGGCCACUGGUUAUUCUCGACAAAGUCAAGGGUCCAAAGUACCAGGAGAUUGUUAAUAUUCGCUUGGGAGAUGGAACAACUCGGCGUGGCCAGGUCUUAGAAGUUGAUGGGGAGAAAGCUGUCGUGCAGGUUUUUGAAGGAACAUCUGGUAUUGACAACAAAUACACAACUGUGCAAUUCACAGGAGAGGUUUUGAAAACUCCUGUAUCAUUGGAUAUGCUUGGUCGCAUAUUUAAUGGUUCUGGAAAACCCAUUGAUAAUGGUCCUCCAAUUUUGCCAGAGGCUUAUCUAGACAUUUCUGGAAGCUCCAUCAACCCCAGUGAAAGAACCUAUCCUGAAGAGAUGAUACAGACAGGAAUUUCUACCAUUGAUGUCAUGAAUUCCAUUGCUCGUGGUCAGAAGAUUCCACUUUUUUCUGCUGCUGGUCUUCCUCACAAUGAAAUAGCUGCGCAGAUCUGUCGCCAGGCUGGUCUUGUAAAGAGGCUUGAAAAAUCUGGAAAUCUCUUGGAGGAUGUGGAAGAGGACAAUUUUGCCAUCGUAUUUGCUGCUAUGGGUGUAAACAUGGAGACAGCCCAAUUUUUCAAGCGUGAUUUUGAGGAAAAUGGGUCAAUGGAGAGAGUGACCCUUUUCUUAAAUUUGGCCAAUGAUCCCACUAUUGAGAGAAUUAUCACCCCUCGAAUUGCUCUCACAACUGCAGAAUAUUUAGCUUAUGAAUGUGGGAAGCAUGUUCUAGUUAUACUGACUGACAUGAGUUCCUAUGCUGAUGCUCUUCGUGAGGUAUCUGCUGCUCGAGAAGAGGUGCCUGGAAGGCGUGGAUAUCCUGGGUAUAUGUAUACUGAUCUGGCAACAAUUUAUGAGCGUGCAGGGCGUAUUGAAGGCCGAAAGGGCUCUAUCACUCAAAUUCCAAUCUUAACUAUGCCUAAUGAUGACAUCACACACCCCACCCCAGAUCUUACCGGUUAUAUUACUGAGGGUCAGAUAUACAUUGAUAGGCAACUUUACAAUCGGCAGAUAUACCCGCCUAUUAAUGUGCUUCCAUCGCUCUCACGGCUGAUGAAGAGUGCUAUAGGUGAGGGAAUGACUCGUCGAGACCAUGCUGAUGUGUCCAACCAGUUAUAUGCAAAUUAUGCUAUUGGAAAAGAUGUACAGGCAAUGAAAGCUGUGGUUGGAGAGGAAGCUCUUUCUUCUGAGGAUUUGCUUUAUCUAGAGUUUCUGGAUAAGUUUGAGAGAAAAUUUGUGACACAAGGUGCAUAUGACACUCGUAACAUCUUCCAGUCACUUGAUCUGGCCUGGACACUACUUCGUAUCUUCCCUCGUGAGCUUCUUCACCGAAUUCCAGCAAAGACAUUAGACCAGUAUUACAGCCGUGACUCAACAAACUGAGCUGAUAGAGCUAGUGGUUUUGCCUUCCGCUCAUUUUAAUCCAUUUCUCAAUAAGAGCGGGCAUGAGUCAUGCGGUUCCUCCAACCAAGUUUCAUGCUCAGCCAUUAAAGUGGUAUGGUUUCUCAACUGGAGUGCAUCUGUUUGUCUAGUUUUUACAGUUAUGGAAUUCUUUGUAUUAAGGACCCCGAGAGCUUUUGCGAAGAUUGUAUUUUUCAGUUAUUAUUUGGUAAUGCCUUUCUCUGUA